AUGGCGAAGAAGAGGAAGGAAGGAGGCGUGGGAGGCAAAGCUGGAAAGACCGCUUCGCGGGGGGCGGGCAACGCUUUCGAAGUGCUGGCGAACAAGAAACUGCGCCGCGCCGUCGUGGGUCUAACUGUCAAAGGUUCCAGCCGCAACUCCCUCGCCGCCACACACAAGGACCAGCAGCGUCGCUCGCAUGCAUUCCACAGCGCCUCCUCCGUCGCGGGAUUCAGAGACGAGCGUUUUUCGGGCGGGGGCAAGGGCGACGAAGAAGAUCUUCUAUUCCACCGCAUGAAGCUGCUUGCGCAGCGCAGGCAGCGCGAGAAGGAACUCGCGAGAAAAUGCCGAAACAAGAAGAAAAAAGGCGGAUUCGCGCUGGGCGAGGAGGACGACGAAGAGGAUGAGGGCCUCACAGUCAGCGGCAAGGCGCUGUCGCAGAUGGAGGACGACGAGCUGAAGAAGCUGGGAACGCUCGGCGAGCGCCUCGGAGACGACAUUGAGGAUGAAGGCGUGGAGUUUCCUUCGAAUCUGUUUUUCAAGGAUGGCUACGACGCGGGUGAACAGGAAGGCGACACGAAGCGCCCUCUGACGCGAAGAGAAAUCUACCGCGAGAUCAUCGCGAACAGCAAAGAGGCUAAAGCGAGGCUCGCGAGUGAGCAGCGCCAGCAACAGAUGCUCUUGGAGAAGCUGGAUGACGACUACGCAGAUCUUUUGAAGCGUCCCGAAGCCCUCUUCAGACCGACGAAGAAGCAGGCCAUGGAGGCGCUUCUUCAGAAGCACCUCGGCAAGAAGGACGACGGCGCGAAGAAAGACGACGCACAGGCGGCGGCCAAAGAGAAGCACGCAACGAAAUCGGAGGCGCCGAGCGCGAAGGCGCCCCACGAGCAGCCGUCCGCAGCGUGUCCUCUGCUUCUCUUUUCUUCUUCGUCUUCGUCCGCGUCUUCUGUCUCCGCUUCUUCGGCGUCUUCUGUCUCCGCUUCUUCGGCGUCUUCUGUCUUCGCUUCUUCAGCAAUGGCAACUUCCUCUUUGACGCGCCAGCAGCGGGCCGCGGACGACUUCGACGCUCUCGCUGCGUCGCUGCGGUUUGACCGGCGGCUGCCAGGCACUGAGAAGCUGCUGACGGCUGAGGAACUCGCGGAGAAGAAGAAAAAGAUGCUAGAGAAGAAGGAGCGCGAACGCACCGAACGCAUGCUCCAACUCGGCGACGAACCGGAGGAGGAAGGAGAGGACGCCGAGGCAGAGAGCGAAGAAGACGAGGAAGGAGACAAUGAUGCCGAAGACCGAGAAGAAGAUGGCGAUAAAGAGGAAAAAGGAGAUGACGAUGAUGAAGAGAAAGACGACGAGGACGAAGAUGAAGAGGAUGACGAAGAAGACGAUGAUGACGAUGAUGAGAGUGAGGAAGACGAGGAGGUUGAGGAGGCGAGGACGCUGCUGGAGGAGGGCGCAGAGAGCGACGACGAAGAUGAAGAGGAGAUCGCGGAGGGAGACGAUGACGCGGGGGACAAAGGCGCCGCGCAAGCAAAGUUGGGUAGGUCGCUGUUCACUGCAGGAACCGCGGAGCCCUCCAGCGCGUCGGGUGAAGACGAAAACGGAAAUGACACUGAAGAUGAAAGUGAAGAGGACAGUGAGGGAGACGAAGCAGAAGAGGAGGAAAGCAACGGCAACGCCGACGGAAAGGAUCCGGAAGCGGCGCCGGCGGGAGAGAAUGACGACGACGAUGAUGAAGCGUUUUUGAAUGAGGAUGAGAAGAAAGCGCGUGUCUGGAUGCGCAACGACAAAGGAGAAGAGACGCUGACCUUCAAGCCCCCGGUUCCUCUCACCCGUGACGACGCGCGUGCGCUUCUCCUUCCGCACCCGCUGCGCUCCCAGUGGAAGCUUUUGCACCGUGUCCGCGUGCUGCACUUUGGCGAAGAUGCGAAGGCCGCGAGUUCGGCGAUUCAAACGCAGAAGGAGAAGAAGGAAAAGAUGUUCCGCGCGCUUCUGGGCUACGCGCUCGAUGCCCAUCUCGCGUCGCUCCGCUCCGAUAAAGGUUUUCCGCUGUCCGAGCUGUGGGCAGCUUUGUCGGAGCACUAUCUUUUCUUUGCGGAGGAGUUCCCCGACGUCGUGUUCUCUUUUUUCUUUCCUCUUCUGGUCAACAUGUCUGCGCGCGUCUCGCCUGAGGCGCUGCCGCCUGAGCUCUUCUCUCUCCUUUCCUCUGCGUUUUCGCCGCUGGAGGGCACGUCGCAACGCGGCGCCGUCGGCGAGGAGUCCGAGGCCGAUUCGGACGCCGGGAAAAAAUCGGGAAAAAAAGGAAAAAAAUCGAAAAACGGCGCCGAAGCCGCCAAAGCUGGGCUGCCGCGGGACACGCUCCAUGCGUUCUCCGUCGCGUCCUCCGAUGAGUCGUCGCUUCCGUAUCCGCUCCUCUCUGCCGGCGCGCCGGUCAAAAAGCCCUCCUCGUCAGCGACCGUUCCCCCUGCCGCGGCAGAUCUCGCCGUCCUCCACUUCCUUUUCCUGGCCUGUCCGCUGACGGAUUUCCGGCAUCCGCUGCUCUCGCCAGCGCUCCUUCUCCUCGAUUUCUUCGCCAGCAUGCGCUCUUCGUUUUCUCUCUCACAAGGCGCGGCUGCGCGUCCCUCCGCUGAGCGGCGCGCCCUUCCGCCUGCGCUGCCGGCCUCCGAGGCCGCUCUGACUGCCGCGGUUUCGGCCGCGGAACACAUGCUGAAAAAUGUGGAACAGUCCGGGAAACAAGCCCCGCAACGGAAGGAGACGCGCUCUGCCGCGAGAGGCGAGACGGAGCAGGAAGCCCAGGGUGCGGAGAGCGGCUUGCCGCCAGCUGUCGCUGCUUCUUCGAUUGACACCAGCUUGCAAAUUCUUCUGCUUCAACGCAUUGCCAUGCGCGCCUCGGGACGCUUCUUCCCCUCCUUCUUCUCGCUCGCGAUCGCGCUGCUUCGCACGCUCCUUCAGUCGGCUGAGGGAGGCAAGGCGAACGCGCAGGAAAGCCAGGAGAUUGCAAAGGCUGUGCUGAACACUCUCCGCGCACAAGUCCACCAGAUGGCCGAGGCUUCGCAAGCGGCGUAUGUCCCCUUGGCGCACUAUCUGCUGCCCGCGUUCCCUGCCUUGCACGCGGCGCUGCUUCUCGCAGCCGCUCGGUCGGCGCCGGCGAAGGUCGAGAAGAGAGCGGAGAAACGGCAGGAAGCCGCAGAAGGCGACGAAGGCGCAGACUGCCUCGCGCGGCUCACGCAGGCGCCGUGGUUUCCUCUCCUGGUCGCGCUGCGGCGGCUGUGGAGAGCAUGCGAGGCGAUCCUCGUGGCGCCACUGGAGCCCCUCAGCCUCUAUCAUGCCGGCGAAAAGGUCGGGUUGACGCUGUUGACGCCUCGGUACGUCGAGCCGUCUCUGCUUCGGCGUCGAGGCUCCGCGUGGGCGCUCGAGGACGAAACGCGCGUGGGUUUCGAAGAACUCCGUCGGGAGAAGCGGCAGGCGAACCAGAUGCGCCGGCAGGGAGGCCGCAUGCUGCGCCGAGACGCCGCGUUUGUGAUGACGCAGAAGGGCCGCAGAGAGAGCUUCCGCAAGCGCAGAAACGCCGACCGCCAAAAGGAGAUCAUGGGCAUUCUCGAGCAGGACCAAGUCGAGUACAAGAAACUCAAAACUACAGGUGAAAACGAGGCAAAGAAGGGGGGGGAGGCGAAGCUGGGGACCGUAGAGGCUGCAGGGCUUCCGCUGCGGCGCGGGUAG